AUGAUUAAUAAUCAAACAAAAACCAAUGGUUUUAUACUUAGUUUGGUUUCUCUUGGUUUAAAUACAUUUGCAUGUUUGAUAUCAUGUAUAGUUUUUCUUAUUAUUGUAUAUCAUCUUUAUUAUAAUCAUGUCAAACGUGAAGACAAAAUAACUGUUGUUCUUUGUGCUCAUAUAUAUUUAGCAAUUUUAAUAUAUUCAUCAAUGUUAUCAUCAAUGAGUAUUCGAUCAAUGCUGGGAUAUUUAGCUUCUGUAAUGCUUGCUAUGUUGUACAUGACCUUUGUAAAUCAGGCAUUCUAUCGUCUUAUUCGAAUUGUUUAUUCUCAAAAUAGAUGGUUUCAAUCUUUAAAAUUAUAUAUAAUAUUACCUAUUAUAGAAAUAAUAGUAGUAACAUCUAUUCUUCUAUGUAUUCUUAUACCUUUGAAUGGUGUGACAUAUUUUCCAAAUGAUUACUUUUGUUAUCCAAUAUACACAAAUAUUCCUGGUAUUCUUUCAGCAGCAGUUGUUGCUUACAUAGGUCCAUUUUGUUGUUUAUUAUUUAUUUAUCUACAUAUAACAAGAUUUAUUCAUCAACAAGGAAAUACGCAAACACUAGUAGUCAAACAAAGACAAGUUCGCGAUUUACUUAUUAUUCGACGUAUUUUAAUUAUUGUUAGUUUUUUACUUAUUCUUGGAAUACCUGCCAUGACGUUUAUAUUUAUGUUUAUAAUAACAGGUGAAGAAUAUCCAGUACUUGGUCGAAUUGUAUUUUUACCAGUUAGUGUAUCUGAAGCAGGAUUGAGUAUCGCAUUACUUUUUUCUAUUCCACAACUAAAAAAUAUUGUUCUAAAGUUACGAAUAAUAAGAAAAGUGAUGCCUGCCAAUCAAAUCGUGCAAGGUACAGUACAAGUAAGAACGAUUAUUAGUAUUCAAUAA